AUGAUUGUGAAGCUUAUCUACAAUCGGCUUUAUUUUGUCCAAUAUUGUGCCAAACGUGUUGUUGCCCAAAACUCUUAUCUCCGUGGCCACCUGAUUGACACCGGCGCAGAGCGCGACCAGGAUGUAUUUGACGGCACUUCUGAGAUCAGAGACGUUAUUAUAAGUAUGAAGGAGCUGUCGCGUUCCCCACCCCUGAAUCUGCCCGGCUAUCGCAGGAGCAAAUCUCUCUAUUUCCGUUUUCGUGAUUUUCUCAUCAAGUUUACUGACAAACUCCUCGCAAGCGCUUACGAUGGCAGUGAGAUUUUCUUUAAUGCCCUCUUUCACUGCACCAAUCUUCCCUUGCGCUGCACCAAUUUGGCUGUUAAGUGCAGCCAUAAUAUGAUUCUUAACUUGAUCUCUCAACGCUUGUUCAUCAUGUCCGCCCCCCUUAGCCGCAUUCUGAUACUCCGCAAGCAAAGUAUUCACAGCUUGCAACCCGGGCUUACUUUUCGUCCCAUUCCCUAUUACACCUUCCAGCCAACCGCCGACUCUAGCCUUAAAACCAUUUUGCCCGCUUCCCGGAACAAACGCCCUGGCAAGCCCCUUCACUUCACUGACUAUUCCAUCCAGCCCUGA